CUAUUUUGGAGCAAAGAUUUCUUCAGAGGGCAGUCAAUACCUUUCCACUCGUGUUCCAUGUGUUUUAACAAGGUUACUGUUAAAAGGGCAAUGAUAUUUUCCAAACCUUUGCUUCUUUCUUUUUCAUGCCUAGUUUCAUUUCUCCUUCAAAAUCCUCUGACACUGCAGCGGCACAGGGUGCGUGUUCCACUCCCAGCACGCCUGGCAGAUUAUCUUCUCUCAAGAGAAGCAGCGACAAACCGCUCCAGGAGACUCCGAGAGCGGGCCUCUCUCCACGCAGACUCGCCAUCACCAGCUGGCUGGCUCCUGCCCGCUGGCAGCGCCUGGGGCGGGGGGCACUGCGGGCUCCGUGCGGGGCCGCUCCGGGCUCUGCCCCCUCGCCCCUCCGGGGGCGGCUUCUCUGCCCGAUGGGGCCGGGGGGGCCCUGCCCGGCGCUCGACCCCGCCGGGACGCGCUGGGCGAUGGCUCCGCUCGGUCACGGCACCCGCGUGAUAACCGGGGGUUAUUUAUUGAGCUGCCCCGCUGGAGGCGGCCCCAGGCUCCCCCGGCUCGGGUGGCCCGUCCCGCCGCUCCGGCCGCUCGUCCUUGAGGAAGCUCCGGCUGCUGCGGCCGCCCCGCUCCGGCUGGACCGCGCAGCAAACGGGGUGCUGCUCCUCUGCCCACCCGCCUGAUUCCUGUUUUUCCCCUUUCCUAGGCAUCGCUCUGCUCUUCCGAGAAUAACUGCAAGAGCUCUGAUCAAUACUUAAAUCAGGGAAUCAUCUACCUUCCUUCACAGAUGCCCUCAGAACAUGUCUAAUUGGACAAGUCUGUGGUAUGUCUGGUUAAUCUUGCUGACUGUGUUCCUGCUCCUGCUCUGUGGGAUCGCAGCAAGCUGCAUCAAGUUCUGCCGGAAGAAGAGGCCUCCAAUGGAGACCUUCCCCAGGCACCCCCAUGACAUGACCAUAGACAGUGACAGCACUGCCCACAGCACAGUCACCUCAUACAGCUCAUUGCAGUACCCUCUAAGUGUCAUUAUUCCUUCUAUAUUUGUGGAUAUGGAUAAGAACACUGUGUCCCUUCCAGCUUACAGUCUCUAUGCAAUGGAGUUGCCACCUUCUUAUGAUGAAGCUGUCCAAAUGGGCAAACCACACAUGGAAGUAGCACGGACAAGCCAGAAACUCAAUGACAUCCCUGGGCAGGUGACUCCAGGUGGGCUGAAUCCCAUCCAGAAUUCAAUCAACAGAGAUCCAGCCACACAGGCAAACUCAGAAAAUCCACAAGGUGCAACACAAGAACAGCCACAGCUCUGACU